AUCUCGUAGAAUUAUGUCUGCUGAGAAGAACAGCACCAACAAGAUCCGACAAGGGAAGAAGACAUCGGCAUCCUGCUUCACCUGCUUCUCCAGCUCUGCCGAUUCCGACUCCGGUUUCCCGGAGGAGUCGAAGCCAGGCGCGGGCUCCAAGCGCAAGCUCUCAUCCUGCUUCUCGUGGCCUCGGUGUCGAAACACGAAGAAGAGGAAGAAGAAGGGGAAGGCGGCACUCCUCAAUGCUCCGACGCCACCAUCAACUGAUCUUAAUGCAGUUGAAGGGAGGUCACCACUUGCUCAGGAGUGUAACAGCGGUAUCCAAACCAAAAUCGAGGAUCAGCAGCAGCAGCAGCAACAAGCAGAGGCAGAAGACGAUCCAAAACUCGACUCACGCGGUCAACAUGUUGUCACCCACAUCUCACCUGAGAUCGAUUGUCGCUCGCAAUUGGCUCCACAAAUCGGGGCGAGGAGCAGCAGGCCAACAACAUCCCGGUUCGGCCGUGCAUCCCCCCGCGGACCGGUUCGAUCGGAGAGGCUCGUGCUGUCUGUCGUCGGGCCAUGGAUCACGGUGGCGACACUGGCGGUGAUGGUGUUCUCCGGUCGUGCAGCUGCUAUCAUUUGCUUGUGUUCCUGCUUCUAUUUGCUCCCACUCUACAGAUGGCCAGUCUCGGCCAAUACAUGGUUCAAGAGAAAUUGACAUGAGAUCCGACGAGAGUAAAAGAAACACAAUUAUAGAAGAACCGAUGAAGAAAAGUUACCACUGACACACUUCAAUCUAUCAAAGCAAGAAUAGCCUGUUGCA